AUGCUCGGGCCUCUGACGGCGGCUACCCCGGACCUUCUCCAGGCACCUCAAACGAGUAUUAUAACCAAGGAUACCAAGGACCACAAGGGUACCAAGGAGGCGACGCCUACCGUCAGCAACAGGGAUACGGCCCACCUCCACAAGGUUACUAUCCUCAGCCCCAAGGCAUGUACUAUCAACCGCAACAGGGCUAUCCGCCUCCGCAGCCUGGGUACUUUGGCGGAGCUCCGCCACGUCAAAGCGCCGCAGCUGAUGCUGGCGGUUGUUGUGCUGGUCUCAUGGCUGCUCUUGCUUGCUGCUGCUGCCUGGAUAUCCUGUUCUGAGCCACUCGCGGCUUGGCAGUGGCGGCGGGUGGUGCACGUCUUCUUACGUGCGCUUUUCUGUAUUAAUUUGAACGGCCAAUGCGGCCGCGAAACGGAAUGA